AUGGCCUCUCAGGAUGAUUCCCAGCAGGUGACAUACGCUCUCUAUCGGUAUACGCCGUCCAUAGCAGCAGCCGCUGUUUUCGCGGGCAUCUUCUUCCUUCUGGCUAUACUUCACACCGUGUUACUCUUUCGAUACCGUGCCAGGUUCUUCACUCCCUACAUCGUCGGUCUUCUUUUCGAAACAGCCGGCUACAUCGCUCGAAUCUUCUCCCACUAUGACACCGUCGCCCUCGGACCUUACAUCGUUCAGACGAUGCUCAUCCUCGUCGCGCCUCCACUCUUCGCUGCGUCCAUUUACAUGACUCUCGGCCGCCUCAUCCUUCAUCUAGACGCCGAGUCCGAAUCUCUCCUCCGCGUGAAAUACAUCGCCAAGAUCUUCGUCGUCGGUGAUGUUAUCUCCUUCUUACUGCAGUGCGGAGGAGGUGGAUACAUGGCUGCCGGCUCUCUCUCCGCAAUGGAAGUCGGCGCAGACAUUGUCGUCGGUGGUCUAGCCGUUCAACUUCUCUUCUUCGGCUUCUUCAUCGUCGCCAGCGCGAUUUUCCACUAUCGCGUCAAAACGAACCCGCGGUACCUUGCGCGGAAAGAGGCCCGUGGCCGCGCCUCGUGGCAAUACAUGUUGUGGUGUAUUUACGGGGCGUGUAUUCUGAUACUCAUUCGCUCAGUCUACCGCGUGGUCGAGUUCGUGCAGGGAAACGACGGAUAUAUCAUGAAGAGAGAGUAUUUGUUGUAUAUAUUUGAUGCAUGUCUGAUGGCACUGCAGGCGGUGCUUUUGCUUAUUAGUUAUCCCGGGAAGAUCCUGAGGGGAAAAGUGCCGAGAGAUGGGGAUGUCCAAUUGGAGUCGAGGGCGGAAUCGGCAGAUGGAUUUUUGGGACAUGGGCAUGGCUCUUUGAAAUGA